UAUACUUGUGCAAAAGACAUCUAUAUAUAUAUACAUAUAUAUAUGAGUAAUAAUAUUAAAACAAACAUCGAUGAUGAAACUAUUUUUAGUCUAGUUCAGCAACACUUGAUCCAUGACUCAAAUAGCAGUAGAACAAGCACAACUAGUUCUUCGUUAAUAACAAGAGAACAGUCUGAUGCUCUUACCUCUUCACCCCCAGUGGAAGUCGAAAUACCUGUGCCUUAUCAUUUACCAGGUGCAGCAAUUACACAUGACAUUUACAAUCAUGCUAAUAGUUUAGUCAUGGCAUCUCAUUCCUUGAAUCGUUCAAAAUCUGUAAACGAUCUUAACCAUAAAUAUUCGAGGAAGAAGUCAACUGUUAUUCAGGAUAAUGAUAUAGAUAAUGAAUACGAAAAUCUUGAUAAACCAGGUGGAUUUAGACGUUUUCAUGUCCAUCAGCAACAUCGAUUAUUAGCUGCUCAACAAGAAUAUGGUAAUAGCAAUGAUAGCUCUGCUUUUCAGGAACAAUUUCGUCCUGAUUCAAUAUGUUCAGUUGAUAUCCGUCAAGAUUAUAACACUGGAAUUUUUCAUAAUAGAAAAUAUGACAAGAGGAUGACUGACAAUGUUUCUUCAUCAGCUUAUUAUUAUUAUAAUCGUCCUUACAAGAAGCGUAAUAGAACACGUCAUUUUUUAGAUUUUCUGGCUAUUACAUCUGUAAUGAAUCAAUUUGCAGGAGAAGAUCUAUCUGAUUCAGAAGAAGAAGAAAGUAAUAUGAACAAUGAAGAGAUAGCAACAGAAGAAACACAUUUAUUAUCAGGAAAGAAAAAACGACAAUCUCAGCUACAAAAGACUGAUCAUAAAAAGAAAGCAAAUACGACCAAGACGAUUUUUUUGCUAUUUAAAGCAUUCAUAGGGAGUGGUAUUCUAUUUUUACCAAAGGCCUUUUCCAAUGGUGGUCUUUUAUUUUCAGUCAUUAUCAUGUGGCUGAUGGGUGGCAUCUCCCUCUAUUGUUUCCUAUUAUUAUUAGAAUGCAAAGAGCAUUUAUCAGGUAGUUAUGGUGAUAUUGGUGGCGCAUUAUAUGGAUCAUGGAUGAGAUCCAUGGUAUUAUUUUCUAUUGCUAUUUCUCAGUUGGGGUUUAUGUGUGGAGGGACAAUUUUUAUAGUACAAAACAUAACUGAAGCUGUUCGGGCCCUUAGUGGGAAUAUAAUUCAUUUGAACAGUACUGCCGUCUUUAUCAUAUUAGCUAUUCUAUUAAUACCUUUAGUGUUAAUUCGAAAUAUAACCAAAUUAUCACCAACUGCGCUUCUAUCAGAUGCACUAAUCAUAGGUGGUUUGAUUACACUAUUGGUUUAUGAUAUCAUCGAUAUAUUUAAAGAUGAAAGUAAUACUACUCAUUCAACUAAAAUUGGCCCCAAUGUAAAAUGGUUAUUUAAUUCGGCUGAUUACGCUGUAUUUAUUGGUACUGCUGUAUACUCUUUUGAAGGAAUUGGUUUAAUUAUUCCAAUUCGUGAUUCUAUGAAAACCCCUGAAAAAUUUCCUAGUGUAUUGACUUUUGUCAUGUUUCUUGUAGCUAUUACUUUAUGCUCCGUUGGUACAUUAGGCUAUCUUGCAUUUGGUGAGAAUGUUCAAACAAUUGCUUUAUUGAAUUUACCUCCUGGUAUACUGCCUAAUUCAAUUCAAUUAGGCUAUGCUGCAGCUAUUCUUUUAUCUAAUGCACUAACUUUAUUUCCUACUAUACGUAUCAUUGAACAUGCCUUGUUUGGUGAAAGAACUGGUAAACAUAAUUUGUACAUUAAAUGGCAAAAAAAUCUACUUCGUGCCUCUGUAGUUAUUUGUGGAACUUUGAUUGCUUUAUUUGGUGCAAAUGAUUUAGAUAAGUUCAUAAGUUUAAUUGGAUCCAUUUGUUGUUGCCCUUUAAGUCUUAUAUUUCCUCCUUUAUUUCAUAUGGCAUUAUCAACUACGAAAGGCUUAAAACGUGUAAUAGAUAUAAUUUUGAUAGGUUUUGGAAUAAUAGUGAUGCUAUUUACUUUUUAUCAAACUUCUAAACAAUGGGUAGUAUCAUCAUCUGGUGGCGAUGUUUAAUAAAAAAAAAGCUUUAUUUAUAAAUAGAUUUUCUUUCUUUUUUUUUUUUUUUUUUUUUUUU